AUGGAGGAGAACAAGGAACAGGUCCAGGCUCAGCCUGCUGCUGAGCAGUCUACUGAGCAGCCCACGGAGCCCUCAAAGAGUGCGUUGAAGAAGGCUGCCAAGGCCUCUGCAAAGGAGGCCAGUAAGGCCGCCAAGGCUGCAAAGGCGGCCCCUGUUGCUGUCAAGAAGACCGACGAUAUCAUUGGUAUCACUGUGUCCAAGGAGGAGAACUUUCCCCAGUGGUACCAGGAGGUGGUUCUCAAGGCCGAGAUGAUUGAGUACUACACGGAGAUUUCUGGCUUCUACAUCCUGCGUCCUGCGGCCAUGUUCGUCUGGUCACAGAUCCGCAAGUGGUUCCAGGAGAAGAUCGACGUGAUGGGCGUGGAGGAGGCCAGCUUCCCCAUGUUUUUGUCAUCCAAGUCGCUCGAGAAGGAGAAGGACCACGUCGAGGGCUUUGCGCCUGAGCUUGCCUGGGUCACCAAGGCUGGAGACAAAGACCUCGAGGUUCCCGUCGCUGUCCGUCCUACGUCAGAAGCCGUCAUGUACCCGUACUACUCGAAGUGGAUCCGAAGUCAUCGUGACCUCCCCCUUCGUCUGAACCAGUGGAACUCGGUCGUCCGCUGGGAAGCUAAGCAGACGACGCCAUUUUUGCGCGCCAGGGAGUUCCUGUGGCAGGAAGGUCACACUGCCCACUUGACAGAGGAAGAUGCAGGCAAGGAGGUUCUCGAGAUUCUCGAGCAUUAUGCCGGUGUCUACGAGCAGUUGCUUGCUGUCCCCGUCGUUAGGGGCAAGAAGACUGAAAACGAGAAAUUCGCCGGUGGAUACUACACUACAACCGUCGAGGGUUACAUUCCAUCUAACGGCCGUGGUAUCCAAGGUGCCACCUCCCACUGUCUGGGCCAGAACUUCAGCAAGAUGUUUGACAUCACGGUCGAGGACCCCAAGAAGGACAAGGGACAUCUUCAUGUGUGGCAGAACUCGUGGGGUCUGUCUACACGCGUCAUCGGUGUCAUGGUGAUGAUUCACGGCGAUGACAAAGGGUUGGUUUUCCCGCCCAGAAUCGCAAGGACCCAGGUGGUGCUUAUUCCCGUCGGUCUUACCGCAAAGACGACACCGGAGGAGAAGACGGCACAUGCAGCCAAGAUUGACGAGCUGAGCAAGACUCUGAAGGAUGCCGGGGUCCGUGUGGAGCUGGAUUUGCGCGACAGCUACACCCCGGCCUGGAAGUUUAACCACUGGGAGCUCAAGGGUGUCCCGCUGCGUCUCGAGUUUGGUCCCAAGGACGCCGCCAAAGACCAGGUUGCGUUUGCAAGGCGAGACACUGGCGAGAAGGGUUCUAUUCCCAUCGCCGACCUGGCUACCAAGGUCCCCGAACUGCUCGAGACCAUCCAGAAGGCCAUGUACGACAAGGCAGAUGCAGCUUUCAGGUCGCACAGGAUUGUGGUGGCAGAAUGGGAGAAGGUAGUCCCGGCACUGGACUCCAAGAACGUGGUCUUGAUCCCCCACUGCCUCGACGGCAAGUGUGAGGACCACAUCAAGGACAUCACCAAGGGAACUGGUAUGGAGUUGCAGGCCGAUGGUCAGAAGGCGCCUUCGAUGGGCAUGAAGAGUCUCUGCAUUCCAUUUGAGCAGCCAGAGGGCCUGGUUGAGGGCACCACCAAGUGCUUGAGCCCUGACUGCGACAAGCUCGCACAGAAAUAUGUCAUGUUCGGAAGGAGUUACUAG